AAAAAAAGGCUUUCCUUCGUCUCCUUCGUUGCUCGACCGUUCUCUGUAGAUUGACUGGAAAAAGGGACAUAUAGACCGACCGACUGUAGAAAGAAGAAGAAGAUGCUGGAGAAGAUCGGAUUACCGGCAAAACCUUCCUUGCGAGGAAACAUUUGGGUCGUUGAUGCAUCGCAUUGUCAAGGAUGUUCUUCUCAGUUCACUUUCAUCAAUCGCAAGCAUCAUUGUCGCAGAUGCGGAGGUAUAUUUUGCAACGGCUGUUCCCACCAUAGGAUGGUCUUACGUGGGCAAGGAGAUUCACCUGUUCGCAUUUGCGAACCAUGUAAAAAACUCGAAGAGGCUGCACGCUUUGAAUUGCGAUAUGGCCAGAAAAACAAAGCCGGAAAAGGGGGGUCUAGAGCAACACCUAUUCAUGAAGAUGAAGUGUUAAAUCAGAUUUUAGGCAAUGAUAAGAAGGAAUUGUCUCCAGCGUAUUCUAAGAAUGAAGCUAAUUCUGUCGAGGAGACUCUCCUAGAUGAUUCAUUAUCAGAUGCAUCAAUUGAGAGUCCUGAAAAGUUGCGUGAGCAGGCUGUGGAGGAGAAAAAGAAAUACAAAAUCCUGAAAGGAGAAGGAAAAUCCGAAGAAGCUUUAAAAGCUUUUAAAAGGGGAAAAGAGCUUGAGAGACAAGCAACUGCGGUAGAACUAUCAAUAAGAAAAAAUCGCAGAAGACCAUCUUCAAGCAACACGACGGAGAUUGAGAAAAGCAAGUCCAAUGUUCAAAAGGGCAAGGAAAAAGAUGACCUUGCUUCUGAACUUCGAGAUUUGGGUUGGUCAGAUAUGGACCUUCACGAUGCCGAUAAAAAGCCAGCUAAUAUGAGCUUGGAAGGUGAACUAUCUACACUUCUUAGGGAGGUCUCUCAUAAAGCUACGACAAAGACAGGUGCCAGCAGCAGUAUAGACAAAACUCAGGUGAUUGCCCUCAAGAAGAAAGCUCUAACUCUAAAGCGUGAAGGAAAACUCACUGAGGCAAAAGAAGAACUGAAAAAAGCUAAAAUUCUGGAACAGCAACUUGAGGAACAAGCACUCUUGGAAGGGGCUGAAGAUUCUGACGACGAGCUGUCAGCAUUGAUUCGUGGCAUGGACGACGAUGAUGAUGGUGGUGAUGAUACACGGGAUUAUUUCUCAAUGGGAUUCAAGGGCGAUCACCUUGAUGGAAUCGAUAACGAUCUGGGCGAUGAUAGUCACUUCGACGUGACAAAUGAGGAUAUGAAUGACCCAGAAAUGGCUGCUGCUUUAAAAUCUUUUGGUUGGACCGAGGAAACUGAUUGCUUGGAGGAAACUGAUAAUAGGGAAGCAAUCUUAAGUGAGAUUCAAGCUUUGAAAAGACAGGCAGUUGCUCAAAAACGGGCAGGUAAUACAGCUGAAGCAGUGUCUUUGCACAAAAAGUCGAAGUUACUCGAGAGUAACCUUGAUGUGGAAGGACCACCAGAUUCUAUUUUGUAUGAGGAGAAAACCGCAUCAAAGCCAAACAAGGGGAAGAGUAGAUCGGUGAUUCAGAAAGAGCUGUUGGGCCUGAAAAAGCAGGCUCUUGCUUUAAGGAGGGAAGGUAAACUAGACGAGGCAGAUGAAGUGCUGAAGAGAGGGAAGGUACUCGAGCAGCAGCUUGAGGAGAUCGAUAAUCAUGCUUCUGAAGUGAAGCCUGCACGUGACAAUAAUAAUUCAGAAAAUCUUGUUGUGAUGGAUGGUGGAGAAGAAGUGACAGAUCAGGACAUGUUUGAUCCAACGUAUCUUUCACUUUUAUCGAACCUGGGUUGGAAAGAGGAAGAAGCCGAGAGUUCUAGACAUAAUGGCGAUACAAUCGUUACUCAAGCUGCUGUUUCAUCUCGAAAAAGUAAAGGUGAAAUCCAGAGGGAACUGCUCGGUUUGAAGAGGAAGGCGCUUGCUCUGAAGCGCCAAGGUCAGACCGAGGAAGCAGACGAAGUGCUAAACGAGGCAAAAGUUUUGGAAGCCCAACUGGCGGAGAUGGAGUCUGCCAAACCUAAAAUUCCAGCGGAAAUAAAAAACGACAUGUUAGAUUCCUUGUCUGUUUCACAGCCGGUGAAUGUCGAGUCGAAAGUAGAAGUCAAAGCCGCAAUAAUAAGCGAUCAAUCUGAACAAAUUCCUAACGAUGAUUCUAUCCGUCAAGAAAUUCUUGCUCAUAAAAGAAAAGCCCUUGCUCUGAAGAGAGAAGGGAGGCUUCCAGAAGCUAAAGAGGAGCUUCGACAGGCAAAACUGUUGGAGAAAAGGCUAGAGGAUAUCCUCCCUGCUCAACUUAGUAUCCCUGCCCAACUUGAUGCAGAAAAAGCUACCCCUGCUGUGACACCCAUUGUCGAGAAGGAACCAAGUCCUUUGAAACCGGCUUCAAAACCUGCACUGUCUAGCCGUGAUCGUUUCAAGUUGCAGCAGCAGUCCCUCGGUCAUAAAAGACAGGCACUGAAGUUUAGGAGAGAAGGCAGGACGGAAGAAGCAGAUGCAGAGUUUGAAUUGGCAAAAGCUCUAGAGUCCCAGUUGGAGGAGUUAUCAGCCCAAGACUCGUCCAAAUCUUCAUUGGACCAUGUCGACGAUGGUGUCGGAGUUGAGGAUUUCCUUGAUCCCCAACUUCUGUUGGCUUUGAAAUCCAUAGGAUUGAAUAACGAAGCAAGUGUUUCAUCUCAAGUACCUAAUAAAAAGAUGGAGGCUCCUGUAAUUGAAAGGGGUGAAGAUUCUUCUUCUGGUAAGGAGAGGAAAAUUCAACAACUGGAAGAAGAGAUCAAAGCAGAGAAGAUAAAGGCAGUUAAAUUAAAACGUUCAGGAAACCAACAGGGGGCUCUGGAAGCUCUUAGGCGAGCUAAAAUGCUUGAAAAGAAGCUAAAUUCUUGAAUUUGAGAGACAUUGAUCUUGCUUGACACAAUGAAACUUUAUUUUUGUCACAAUUAAUAUUGUUUUUAAUUUGGUCUUGUUUGUAGAAGAACAUGUGUGCAUUUCUUGGAUGUAAAAUUAAUUUGUGUUUGUUACAUAAACCACACCAUGACUAUGACCAUGAAUAAGUAGUCAAUAUAUUCUCUCUGACAAUAUAAGUCUCUACUUAGUCAGUC